AUGAGUUCAUCUUCACCAAUUCCAUCUGCGUCGCAAAAGGCACCAGUAGCAGAACUCAAACCCAAGUCCGAAACAUCUCUGUUAUCAAAAUCUGCAGAAGGGGCCACGUUACUGAUCGCCCUGCAAAUUGGUUCUCGCGCCUUGACAUUUGUGGUGGGCCAGCUCCUACUUCGCUUUCUCUUUCCCCCUGAGCUUUUCGGCAUCUCAACACAACUCGAGGUAUAUUCGAUCUCGGUAUUAUUCUUUGCAAGAGAAAGCCUGCGUGUUGCUAUCCAGAGGCAGACAGACGAACCUGAACCACGGAAAUCUUCAACUCCAGAAAAGGAGAAGGAUGACCAAAUACCAGACGGUCACGUGGAUGGGAGGACAGCAGCUGGCAAGACGCAAGCCAUCGUGAAUCUUGCCUAUGUUUCGAUAUAUCUCGGUGCUAUCUUUGCCGUUAUUCUAGCCUGGCUAUAUCUGCGUACAAUUGCUGGAACACCGGAGAUUUUGAACAUCCCAUACUUUCAAGAAGCAUUGAAACUAUAUGGCUUUGCAGCCGUCUGGGAGCUCUUAGCCGAGCCAUGUUUUGUUGUUGCCCAGCAUAGAUCGAUGUACAAAAUCCGUGCUGCAGCAGAGGCAACUGCUACGUUGUUGAGAUGUCUUGCAACUUGUGCUUCUGCCGUAUGGGCUUCUCGGACGGGCCAUGAUUUGGGAGUCUUGCCAUUCGCCAUGGGACAAGCAACAUAUGCGGUCUCAUUAGCCAUUGUAUAUUACUGUAGCGUACGGAGUAUGGCAUCAGCUGGUGGCUUCCAUUUGACAUUGACGCCGAUAUAUUCGAGUGAUAUCUCGGCCUAUGUCUUGUCAUACUUUUCACGGCCUUUGGUGAUCCUUGGCACUAGCCUUUUUGUCCAGUUGCUUGUAAAGCAUGUUUUAACCCAGGGAGAUACAAUCCUCAUCGCAACUUUUGCUUCCCCCGUGGCUCAGGGUACUUAUGCCCUUGCGAACAAUUAUGGCGGCCUCCUCGCAAGGCUGGUCCUCCAACCCGUCGAAGAGAGCAGCCGCAAUUACUUCGGAAAGCUUCUUGCCACAGUUGACGGGAAACCUCCCAAGGAACUUGUCAUGAAGGCUCGUAGUAGCCUACUUUCGCUCCUACGGGCAUACGUCCUUCUAUCUGUGUGCGUACUUGCUGUUGGGCCUACCGUCGCUCCACUCUUGCUCAAGGUCGUUGCUGGUUCCAAAUGGGCGAUGUCUGGUGCUGGUGAUGUCUUGGCGACGUACUGUUAUUACAUCCCACUCCUUGCUAUCAACGGUGUGACUGAAGCUUUCGUCUCCUCCGUUGCGACUGAAUCGGAAGUCAACCGCCAAUCCGUCUGGAUGUUGGCAUUCUCAGUUGGUUUUGGUGGGUCGGCAUUCAUAUUCUUACGUGUUCUGGAGCUCGGGGCCGAGGGACUCGUAUGGGCUAAUGUUAUGAACAUGGCCUUCCGCAUUGUGUGGAGCACAGUAUUCAUUACGAGUUUUCUGCGUCGCCAGGGGACCAAUCUUGAUCUUGGCCAGAUUCUUCCCCGAGGUCCUACCAUUGCUGCAGGAGUUGCAACGUAUGCUGUGCUGGCACGGAUGGCAUCUACAUUUCAUGGAGGAAUUUCCGAUUUCCUCAAAAGUGGGUCGAUAACAUUGGUAUUUGUGGUUAUACUGUAA